AUGCCAAAGGCUUCUGUGACUGAAGGAGCUGCGUUCUCUAAGACUUCAGAUCUUUCUUUCCUUCGCACUGAUCAGACUAAAUACAGUGCUCUUGAUCCAACGAGAGGAGUGUGGAUGUUGGAGGAGGAUAAGUCUGUUACCAUCUGCAGGUUCCAUGCUCUGGACCUGGCUCUGGACCCGGCUCUGGACCCUGCUCUGGACCUGGCUCUGGACCUGGCUCUGGACCUGGCUCUGGACCUGGCUCUGGACCUGGCUCUGGACCUGGCUCUGGACCCGGCUCUGGACCUGGCUCUGGACCUGGCUCUGGACCUGGCUCUGGACCUGGCUCUGGACCUGGCUCUGGACCUGGCUCUGGACCCCCACAGUCACAUGACCUUCACGGGUCCUCACCAGGCAACGGGACGCGACCAGUACAGUCCUGACCUGGCAACGGGACGCGACCAGUACAGUUCUGACCAGGCAACGGGACGCGACCAGUACAGUCCUGACCAGGCAACGGGACGCGACCAGUACAGUCCUGACCAGGCAACGGGACGCGACCAGUACAGUCCUGACCAGGCAACGGGACGCGACCAGUACAAUCCUGACAAAGGGACGCGACCAGGUGAAGAGCAGCAGCAGCAGCUGAGGGAGAGGUUUUGUAGAAGAGAGAUCGAAACGUUAAACUUUGACCGGAGUGACCCUGACCUCGACCUUCCCCGUGACCCCAGCAGUGUGGCCAGUGUAGCCCCCCCCAGCGCAGCUCUGGUUGUUUGUGGUUCUGUGUGUUUGUGGUUCUGGUUGUUUGUGGUUCUGUGUGUUUGUGGUUCUGUGUGUCUGUGGUUCUGUGUGUUUGUGGUUCUGUGUGUUUGUGAUGUGGUUCUGUGUGUUUGUGGUUCUGUGUGUCUGUGGUUCUGUGUGUCUGUGGUUCUGUGUGUCUGUGAUGUGGUUCUGUGUGUUUGUGGUGUGGUUCUGUGUGUCUGUGAUGUGGUUCUGUUUGUGAUGUGGUUCUGUGUGUCUGUGAUGUGGUUCUGUUUGUGA